CCGAUCACCACGGCUGGCGCUCGGCCGCUUCCGGUGGGGCCUGCGCUCUCGGCGGCGGCUCGCGCGCUCUGCUCACCGGCGGCCUCAUGCAGGCUGAGCGCGGGGCGAGGGGCGGCCGCGGGCGGCGGGGAGGCCGGGAGCGGCCUGGAGGGGACCGAGAGCCGGCCGGGGCCGCGACGGCGCUGGCGAGAGGAGGCUGCGGGGACGGAGGCGGCCGGCGGGGCCGAGGCCGGGGCUUCCGCCGAGGCCGAGGAGGUGGCGCCCCGCGAGGCGGCCGCCGGGAGUCUGGAGGCCGGGGCGGCGGAGCCAGCACGCGGGUGGAAGAUGACAGCGAUUCAGAGACCUAUGGAGAAGAGAAUGUCGAGCAAGGAAAUUUUUCUAGAAGAAAGAUCCUCUCUAACUGGGAUCGCUAUCAAGAUCCUGAAAAAGAGGUCAAUGGUGAAAGUGGAGAAUCCCAGCGGGGCACAGACUUCAGUGUCCUCCUGAGCUCUGCAGGGGACUCCUUUUCACAGUUCCGAUUUGCUGAGGAGAAAGAAUGGGAUGGUGAAACGUCAUGUCCAAAACAGAAUUCAGCACUCUACGUGGACAGUGAGGCACUGGUUCGAGCCCUUCAGCAGCUGCCACUUGCAGUCCGGCUUAAUGUUGCUUCAGAGUUGAUCCAGACCACAGUUCCUUUAGAACUUCCACAGGUGAAACCAAAGAGAGACAACAAUGGCAAGGAACUGGGCAUGCAGUUAAGGGGGCCCAUCUCCGAGCUCAGAUCUGCUGCUGCUGGUUGUCCCAGGUCUCUGGGCAGAGACAGUCUAAAACAAAGCCCUUUAGAGGGUUUGCAGAAAGCACCUUUCCCACCCCAGUCAGUGGCAGACCAUCUGGAAGAAGAACUGGAUAUGUUGCUGCAUUUAGAUGCGCCUGUGAAAGAGGAAGAUAAUCUCUCUCCAGACCAGACAUCUCAAGACCAGGAACCAGAAAAAGAUGGGCAGGUAGCCCAGGAGGAAACAGUUCCUGAAAAACCAUCUGUGACCAGAGAGAAAAAUGUGGAACCUGAGCAGUCAAGCACAUCAAAAAAUGUCACCGAGGAAGAGCUGGAAGACUGGCUGGACAGCAUGAUUUCCUGAGAGGGGGACAAGGGGGAAGAGUGUCUGAAGCAAACAUUGAUUGCCUUCUAAGUGAGGGUGGGCUCAUUUACCAGAUAGCCCAUGCUAACAUGUACUGUUAUGCCUACAGCAGCCAGCACCUACCUCUGUGUUUGAUGGCAUCUGAAUGCAUGUAUGAGACCUGUUUGGGGCUUCAUUUCUGCUGUUAUCUGGCUUAAUCAUCUAAAAGAUUUCAUUAAGGACAGGGAUGUCACAGCUACAUUCUGAACCUCCUUCCUGUCAACAUUUACAGCAUAACAGGUGGUAUUUAAGGGAAUAGUCUCAAGCCACAGGCAUGUAGUUGGUCAAAAUAAACACCCUCUGGUCUAUGGA